AUGGCCAACAGCAACCUCCCCCGCCGCAUCAUCAAGGAGACGCAGCGGCUGCUCAGCGAACCAGCUCCUGGGAUCAGUGCUUCACCAUCAGAGGAGAACAUGCGCUACUUCAAUGUCAUGAUCCUUGGCCCAACUCAGUCGCCAUAUGAAGGAGGAGUAUUCAAACUUGAGUUGUUUUUACCUGAAGAAUAUCCAAUGGCUCCGCCAAAGGUUCGCUUUCUCACAAAAAUUUACCAUCCAAACAUUGACAAGCUUGGGAGGAUAUGCCUUGAUAUCUUAAAGGACAAGUGGAGUCCUGCCCUUCAGAUCCGAACAGUUCUUUUGAGCAUUCAAGCACUCCUCAGCGCUCCAAAUCCUGACGAUCCGCUUGCUGACAAUGUGGCAAAGCACUGGAAGGCCAACGAAACAGAAGCUGUGGAAACAGCCAAAGAGUGGACCCGUGUCUACGCUAAUGAUGCAUGA